UCACACAAAGGGGGGAUGGGAAGAGUAAUGUCGCUUCGGGCCAGAUGAGAAGAAGCUCGGCGAUCUGGGAAGACGUUUUCUAUGUCGCACGCCGGGAUGGAAUGUCACAUUGCGCUUCGAGUAGCUGUGUCCCGCGAGCCGAAUCCCCCGGCGCGAUAAAAGUGAGAAGAGGAUCUUUCGCGGCGCGCCGAAGCGAGUCUCCUCGUACGAGCAACAUCCUCGAGUCGCGGUGCACAUGAAGAGCUUCACCUGCGAUUUCAUGAGCGAGGACAGGGCGGUUUCGAUGGCGAACGGCGGCCACGGCGUGGUCGUAAACGGGGUAGGCGCUCCCGUCUCGGGCACCUUGUCAAGGGAGGAGAGACGCAGGAGAAGAAGAGCUACUCAGAAGUAUCGAACCGCACACGCUACGAGAGAGAGAGUCCGAGUGGAAGCCUUCAACUUGGCGUUCGCGGAGUUGCGGAAGUUGCUGCCAACAUUGCCGCCGGACAAGAAGCUCUCGAAGAUCGAGAUACUCCGGCUGGCGAUUUGCUACAUCGCUUAUCUGAAUCACGUCCUGCAAGCUUGAACUUUCGUCGUCGUUCGACGGACGCAAUUCGAACGACCGAGA